CGCAAACCAAUGGCUACGUUCGGGAUCUAGCGUCGGUUUUAGCAGAGGAGAGUCUGUCUCCUGUGGAGGAUUCUCUGGGCGAUGAUGGCUACCUACAGCCUGGCGAACGAGCGACUACGCGCCCUGGAAGACAUCGAGCGGGAAAUUGGCGGCAUUCUUCAAAAUGCAGGUAACGUGAUCCUGGAACUGUCCAAGGAAAAAACCAAUGAGCGGCUGCUGGACCGGCAGGCUGCCGCCUUCACGGCUUCGGUCCAACACGUGGAGGCGGAGCUGUCCGCCCAAAUCCGUUACCUCACCCAGGUGGCCACAGGGCAGCCCCAUGAGGGCUCCAGCUACUCUUCAAGGAAGGACUGUCAGAUGGCCCUGAAGCGUGUGGACUACGCCCGCCUCAAGCUCAGUGACGUGGCCCACACCUGUGAGCAGAUGCUGGAAAACUAA